AUGAUCGUCGAUCCGCCAAUGCCCGAUCGUCCCGAGGAUCUCGACAUGUACUACAGAAGAACACCAAUCUUCCACAAAUUCGAUCUGCGCUUUCUGAACACCAGAAUACAAAACACAACCGCCGAACCGUCGUUUACAGAUCGUUUCCGGCUUUCCGUUCAAAGUUUUAUGCCUUCAAAACCGGAUUCUCUAAUGAAUCGCCUUCGCGACUCCACCCAGCAUUUCUUCAGUCAGCAAUUGAUACGAGCCACCGUAUUCCAGCACACAUUCAGCCGGAUAUUCACGCAACAAAUGCUGAAUUUCACG